AUGGAUGAGAAAGCAAUAGGAGAAAAGAGGCUGCUGCAACUUGGAGAAUUAGAAGAAUUCAGAGGAAAUAUAUAUGAGAAUCAUAAACUGUACAAAGAAAGAAUGAAAAAGUGGCAUGAGCGCAUGACAAAACGAAUCAGGAACAGAGAAUUCAAAGUUGGUCAGAAGGUUUUAUUGUUUAAUUCAAGACUCAAACUGUUCCCUGGGAAGCUUAAGUCAAGAUGGACUGGUCCAUAUCAGAUUAUGCAAGAUUCAGAAAAUGAAGCCAUUGAAAUUCAAGGGUCUGAACAUGGCUGUUCCUUCAAAGUAAAUGCGUACAGACUGAAAUUGUACUAUGAUGAUUCCUUCAAUGAUAAAGAAGAAAGUAUCCCUCUCUCUGAUUCUAUUUGA